UGAGACCGCCGAGCAGGGAGGGGUCUUUCUUUCCCCUCUUAUUCCCCCCCCCGGUGGCGGUUGGGUCCCGGUUUGCGGCCUGCUCCCCCCUCCCCCCCCCCCGCCUGAGGCCUAGUGGGCCCCGACGUCCCUGCGGGCCCUGAGGCUUUGGGGGCAUUGUAGGCCCGGGUGUGCUCUGCGGUAACCGGGUCUCGGGGAGGGGACCCUGCUGCCCCCGGGGGGGCCCUGUGGUGUCCCUCGGGGGUCACUGUCCCUUUACGGGGGUGCAGAAGGGCUCCCUGCGCCCCGCAUGUGGCUGUUACCCCUAUGAAGUGGGUCCCUGCUCUUCCCAGGGGGUUCCCUGUUGUUUUGGGGGGGGGAAUCCCUGGUGUCCCUCGGAGGAUAUUGCCCUUUUUUGGGGGGGGUGGGGGGGGGAGAGCUGCAGAAGGGAUCCUUGCCCUCGCCCCCGUGGAGCUGUUGUCCCUUUGAGGGGGAAAUCCCUGCUCUCCCCUGGGGGUUUCCUCCUUCUUUGGGAGGGGCAGGGGGGUACGCGGUGCCCCUCGGAGGUCACUGCUCUUCUAGGGCGGGGGCAGAAAGGGGUCCCUGCUGCACCCCAUGGGGCUGUUCCCCUUUUUGGGGGAGUCCCUGCUCUUCCCAGGGGUUCACUGUGCCUUGAGGGGGGGGUGGUGCAGAGGAGGCCUCCCUGCUGCUCACCCUUCCAUGGGUGCAGUAUUCCCUUGGGAAGGGUCUCUGCUACCCACAUGAGAGCACUGCCCCUUUGAGGGGGGGGGUCCUUGCUCAUUCCGUUGUUCUUGUUGUCCCUUGGUGGUCGCUGUACCUUUGGGGGGGGCACAGAUGGGGAAUCCUUGCUUCCCCCCGUGGGUACACGAUGCUUCUGGGGUGCCCUUUGCAGGGACUCACUGCUUCCCCACUCAGGAUGCCCUGCCCCUUUUGGGGGAGUGCGCGGGGGGGUCACCCCUUCUAUAGGAGGUGUCUCUGCUUUCCCUGGGGAGGAGGUCAGAGUGCUAUUGGUGGGGACAGAAAGGAAUCCCUGCCCCACCCGGGUUCCUCCAUGCUGCCCCUGUUGGGGCAUAGCACCUUUUGGGGGGUGUCCAGGGGGAGGCCUGCUACCCCUAGAGCAUCAGCACCCAUUCUGGGGGAAGUUGGGGGCAUCUUUACUGCUCCAUGCGGAUCCCCCAACCCUGUUUGAGGGCUCCUGGGGAUUGGGGGGGGGGGCUUGCUCCUUUAGGGGGUCAUUGCAGGGGUCCUUGUGCCCUCAGGACCCCCUCUGUGGGGCUUUUGUCUCUGUUGCACCCAGAGCCUGUUUUUGUUACCCCAAAGGUCCUCAGCCCUCGGGGGAGGACACUGGGGGUCCCUUCCACCCCUAAAGUGUCACCGCCCCGGAGAGGGGCCACCGGGGCUCCCCCUUACCCCCGUGUCCAACCUUUCUCCGCUGUGUGGCUUUGUCACCCCCUCCUUUCCAGGACCGUCACCGUUGUCCCCGUGGCACCGUGGUGCUGGGACGGGUGUCCCCGGUUCCCUGCGCUGCUGGGCCUUAACCCUUCCUCUGCCAGCGGAACUCCGGCACUGCUCGCAGGGGAAGCACGCAGGGGGAAAGGAGAUGUCGGAUAAAGGGAGCGGCAUGGACGGCAAGACGGACAUCACGAACGGCAGCCUGUCCAGCAGCCCGGAGGAGAUGUCAGCCGAGGAAGGCAGAGAAACUUCCUCGGGCAUCGAGGUGGAGGCGUCCGACCUCAGCCUGAGCCUCACGGGAGACGACGUGGGGCCCAACCGCACCAGCACGGAGAGCCGAGACACCGACACCGAGAGCUCGGGGGAGGAGAAGGACUCUGACAGCAUGGACGACACGGGCCACUACUCCAUCAACGAGGAGACGCGCGCCCUCGACUGCUCGCACUCGGAGGAGGAAGAGGAAGAGGACGAGGAGGAGGAGCAGCGAUCUCACCGCCGCGCUCAGCGCAAGCGUGCCAACCACGACCAAGACUCCUCGGACGACGAGCAGGCGCUGGAGGACUGGGUGUCCUCGGAGACCACGGCGCUGCCGCAGCCCCGCUGGCAGGCCAUCCACGCCCUGCGGGACAGGGAGCUGGGCUCCAGCUCCCGCUUCGUCUACGAGGCCUGCGGGGCCCGGGUCUUCGUGCAGCGUUUCCGCUUGCAGCACGGCCUGGAGGGCCACACGGGCUGCGUCAACACGCUGCACUUCAACCAGCGCGGCACGUGGCUGGCCAGCGGCAGCGACGACCUCAAAGUGGUGGUGUGGGACUGGGUGCGGAGGAGGCCGGUGCUGGAGUUCGAGAGCGGCCACAAGAGCAACGUCUUCCAGGCCAAGUUCCUCCCCAACAGCGGUGACUCCACGCUGGCCAUGUGCGCUCGGGACGGGCAGGUGCGGGUGGCCGAGCUCUCAGCCACGCAGUGCUGCAGGAGCACCAAGCGCGUGGCGCAGCACAAAGGAGCUUCGCACAAGCUGGCCCUAGAACCGGAUUCUCCAUGCACUUUCCUAUCAGCAGGUGAAGAUGCUGUAGUCUUCACCAUUGAUCUGCGACAAGACCGGCCUGCCUCGAAACUGGUGGUGACAAAGGAGAAAGAGAAGAAGGUGGGGCUGUACACCAUCUACGUGAACCCAGCCAACACCUACCAGUUUGCUGUGGGAGGCAGAGAUCAGUUUGUGAGGAUCUAUGACCAGCGGAAGAUAGACGAGAACGAGAACAACGGCGUGCUCAAGAAGUUCUGCCCCCACCACCUGGUAAACAGCGAGUCCAAAGCGAACAUCACCUGCCUGGUGUACAGCCACGACGGCUCUGAGUUGCUGGCCAGUUACAACGACGAGGACAUUUACCUGUUCAACUCCUCGCACAGCGACGGGGCCGAGUACGUCAAGAGAUACAAAGGGCACCGCAACAACGCCACUG